AAAUAGAAUAAUAAUAUUUUUUUUCUUUUAAUACUUCCAAACAUUUCGUUGAAUCAAUAAAAGAAUCUUAAAAAUACAAAAGCAUAUUUGUGAAAUAAAUUAAAAUGCCUUCAGUUUGGUCGCGCAAUAAUUUAAUAAUAUAAAACAGGUGACAAAAUUAACAUAAUAAAACAAAAGAAAAUAAAAAAUAUUUUUUACAACGACAAUAAAAUAACAAAAAUUACACAAAACCAAAGAUCAAAAUGCUUUGGAACAUUUGCCUUAUACUUGUGAUAUCUCUGGUUUCUUCACCACAUAAAUACAGUGUCUCCGGUGGCGGAGCCCCUGGUGAUUCAGUUGUGAUUACUGCCGGUGCUCUUGGUGGUAAUCGCUACAAUCCACAUCCAUCACAUGAGCUAGAACACCACCAGCAAUUGCACCAUCCAUCGCAAAAGCCAACACCACAACAGCAACAACAACAACAACAGCAGCAGCAGCAACAACAACAACAUCAUCAACAGCAGCAGCAGCAACAUAGUGGUGGCUUAAAAGCUUCACAAUUGCCAACAACAACAACAACGACAACAACAGGUGCUGUUGGUGGUGGUGGCGGUGCCGGUGGAUCCCAUGCGGCCUCCUCCUACGCUCAUCAUCAUGGAGCACCUGGAAGUGGCCACAUAGAUCAUCGGCACUCGUAUAAUCUACUCAGUGAAGCAAUGUCUCAAGCCGUUAGCAAUGAAUUUAGUGCUCUGGGAAGCGGUUCAGCAGAUGGCGCUUGUCAUGCUGACGACCUAGAUUGCUAUAGUGGCAACAUCCAGGAUCGUCUGGGAAUGGAAGCGAUACGCACAUUGCAUCGACAGCUAGAUGACGAUGACAAUGGCAACAUUGAUCUCAGUGAGUCAGAUGAUUUCUUGAGGGAAGAGCUUAAGUAUGACUCUGGAUAUGAGAAACGUCAGAAAGCAUUUCAUUUUAAUGAUGAUAUGCAUAUUUCAGUCAAGGAACUAUGGGAAGCGUGGCUUCGAUCUGAGGUGCAUAACUGGACAAUAGAACAGACUACCGACUGGCUAGCUCAGUCUGUUCAACUGCCACAGUAUGUGGAAUUAUUUAAAGCCCAUAAAGUUACUGGCGCUGCUUUGCCAAGAUUGGCAGUUAAUAAUAUGCACUAUGUGGGUAACGUGCUAGGGAUUAAAGAUCCAAUCCACAAGCAAAAGGUUGCUCUUAAAGCCAUGGAUGUAGUUUUAUUCGGUCCACCGAGAGAAACUGGAACUAGAUGGAAAGACUACAUAUUAGUAACCUUGCUUCUAAGUGCAAUUAUUGGCUGCUGGUAUGCUUACCAACAAAAUAAAAAUGCAAAAAGACAUCUCCGCCGAAUGGCACAAGACAUGGAGGGACUUCAAAGAGCCGAACAAAGCUUACAGGAAAUGCAAAAGGAACUUGAAAGAGCUCGAAUGGAACAAGAGAAUGUCGCCACGGAAAAAAUGGAUCUCGAACGACGUCUCAAAGAAGCACCAUCACUUACUUCCUCAAGUUCGGACUUAGAAGUUCAACAAUUGAAAAAAGAAAUCGAAAUGCUUCGUUCUGAAUUAUCCCGUGCCGAAAUUGAACUUGUCGAUAAUUGCUGGGCACCACCAGCACAAUUGCAGUCCUGGCUGCAAUACACCUACGAACUCGAAUCUAAAAAUCAUCUAAAAAAACGUGUCUCCGCCGAAAAACAACUCCAAUCAGCACGUGAAGCAUGUGAGAAGCUUCGUAAGAAACGUUCGAGUUUAGUCGGUGCAUUUGUAUCGACUCAUGGUAAAAGUAUCGAUGAUGUUGAUCGUUCCAUUGUUGAAGCACGUAAUUCUUUAAGUGAUGUAACAAAUGAACUUCAAGAACGUUUACAUCGUUGGAAACAAAUUGAAACAUGUUUAGGUUUUAAUAUUGUCAACAAUAAUGGUCUUGCCUAUUUAGAAAGUGUCCUAUAUAGUAGAAAUGGAAGUGGAGGAGUUAAGGGCUCAAGAGGGCGAAUGACAAAUAGCACAGAUGAUCUUGACGAUGAAUCCGUACAAGUCAUAUCAUCCGAUCCCAAAGCACUGACUUGGUGCCAAUGGAAAUCUACAAUUUCAUUGCCCGCCAACAGCACCAUCAGCAGCAACAACAACAGCCGCAUGGAAAGGUACUCUCCCCUAGACACAAUUCUUCCAGCCAGCAAUGUUUGUCAAAUCAACAAGCAAUGUCAUCACCCGCUGCAACAAUUGUCGCGCAACAACUCCAACAACUCCAGCAACAUAUCUUUGACUUCAAUUGCGGAAAUGCAAACAGUGAAAACUUCCGAUCACUCCACGACAUCACAACUGCAGCAGCCGCAGCAGCUGCAGCAUCAGCAUCAUCAGGGGUUGGUGACCAAGAGCCACUCAUCGACACCGGCAACCACCCCCCUGCACCAUUCAUUACAAAGUCUUCCUCUGGCUCAUUGCAACAGCAAUCGAUUCAACACAAACAGCUUCCGUCAAACCAUCCGCCCACCGCCGCCCAAUCAGCGGCCAUUACUACGACGACACACGGUGAUACCCAAGUGGAUGAUACCAAUUCAACAGAUUCUUCCAGCCUCGACGACGAACUCAAAAAGAGACGCCGAAAAUUACGGUUCCCCUUUGGAAAGAAGUCCCAUAAAAGCAAACUUGCAUAAUUCACACAGUGCUGAGUGCCUUAAUGCGGCUAGUAAUUUCGAAUCGGUUGUGUCAGCGGCAAUGGCAACACUUGCACAUAACAAUUCACAUAGUUGCAGUAGCAAUAGUAUUAAGCAAAAUCCAAAAGAAUCUUCCAUCAAAAGACGGCAAUCUGCCCAAUCCACCACAAGUAGUUGUAAUAAUUGUAGCAGUAAAAGUAAUUGUAGUUGCAAUAAUCAUCCAUCGUGAACGAAUGACGAAUACAGCGGUAAUUCGAGUGAUGGCAAUUCAUCACAUUUUACUAGCAACAAUAAUCAAACGUAAGAUAAAAGAAAAAGAAGAAAUAUGUAUUUUGUAAAUUUGUUUUUGUAACACAAAAAAAUGACGUUUUGAAAACUGUCAAAUUUUAUAUUUUUACGGAUGACGUUUAUUUUUAGUAUCUUAUAUAUUUGACAUUUAAACUGUUUUUUUUUUUGUAUGUAAAAAGUUCUUUUACAAGAACUUUCAAGAUGUAAAAAUUAUAAUUAUUGUAUAUGUUAGGUAUUUAGGAUGCCAAAUUUUCGAAUGUAAAUGUCAAAAUAAAUAGACUCUGAAAUUUUUGGAGAUUUUAGAAAUAAGCUUCGUUUCUUUGACAAAUCUUAAUUUUUGGCCAUAGCUGAAACUUGACAUUUCGAUGACAAAUAACAAAAUAUUGGAGCACUUAACCAGUCUUAGUUUGUUUUAAGCAUUUUUCGUGUAAAUAACAUAAUUGAGGUCAAAAGGAGAACCUCCAAUUCAAUGCAUAUGCAAAAUUCAAAAGGUUUUUAAAUAUAUAUCUUGAACAUGUACAUAAGGGUGGUGCUUAAUUUUCGAAAUGUACAUUAAAUAUAUAUGCGUAAGAAAGUUUUCUUGAAAGAUCGAACGAGAUAAUUGUAUUAAGAUAUUUUACUUUAUUUGUUUCGAAGCCUAAAAUACUAAAAAUAUUUAUAAUAAGCACCACCCCAAUGUUAUAAAUACAAGAUUUUGUUAGAUCAAAUUAUAUAACAACUGUGAUUAAAUUCUUCAUUCUGGGUUUUGGUGAUUUUUAAUUACAAUCUUUGUAAAUAAAAACACCGCAUUAAAUAGUUUUAUUCACAUCUCAAAAUAUGCCAUCUUUAGGGACCGGGAUAUUUUUUCUAGAAGGGCUUUUUGUCUCAAAACUUAGCUCACCAACAUUUAAAUCAUUAUUACGUUGUAUUUUUCAGUUUAGCAAAUAUGUGUCAAUAAUAUUUUACACUUAUGGCUAUUUUAUUCAAACAUUUAAGCACAAGGAACGAACAAUAUGACGUUUAAACGUCAUUCUUUAAAUCAGUUUUAAACUGUCAAAAUGCUAGAUUUCCAAUUUUACUUUGUAUAAAAUAUGAAGAGUGUCAAUUGCAUACUUAUUUAAAAAUUAAGAAAAUCCGUUGAAAACCAUGUGACAAUGUCAAAAUAAGGAAGAUAAAUAAUUAUGUAUAAAAUGAAAACAAACUUUUUUACUAAAAACUGGUAGUCAGAAUACUUUGCUUUAGUUGAGGAUUAACAAAACUUAAUAACUAGCAAUUUGUUUAUGUGGAAUAACUUUGUAAAAAUGACAUGUCAAUUCUUAACGUUGUUUUUAAUAAAAAAACGACUGAUAAAUUUGAAGAUACAUACACUAUACAAUAUAAAUAUACAAAAUAAGAAACUAUGUGUAUUCAUUUAAGAGAAAAGACGCAUUGGCAAUUUAGAAUUUAAGAAAAAUAAUAAUUUAACAUUUGAUAACUUUUAAUUUUAAUUAAAAAUAACGAUGAAAGUGAAUAACAUGAUUAUAUAAGCAAUCUCGAAUUUUCUACAAUGACACUUUCUAUUUAAUAAACCUCAAUUUAAUAAAAUAAUAAUUAUGUUUUGAUUAAGUGAAACAAUUCCAUAAAAAGACAUGAAUAUUUUUUGUUCUUUUAAUUUGUUGUAUUUUUACUUUGUAUAGAUAACACACUACUUAUGGUAUAAAGUGAACAUUUAGAAUUUGUACUUAAAGCCGUUACUUAAUUAAUUGUUAUUAUAUUUUGUUUUAUGGUUUAUUUUAUUGCAUACAAACUUAUAUUUUUUGUAAGCAAAAGAUUUGUGUUUAAUUUAAAUUAUCAGAAAUACAAUAACUUGGCGAAUAAAUUCACAUAUACAUAGGUUACACAUAUACAUUAAAACCUACUUAAUAUUAAUAUUAUUUACACAAGUAGGUAUUUAUUAAAAUAAUUAUAAUGAUUGUAGUUAGAUGAUUAAUAUUUACAUUACUUAAUUUGCUUUAUCUUCUUUUGCUUUAGAACUUAAUUAAUUUGGAGGCAUAGAUGAAAAAUAAGCAAUACGAAAAUAGGAAUUCAAUUAAAAAAAAAUAUUUAAUAAAUUUAUUUUUAACAAAA